AUGGUCAGCCACCACCUGUGUUCUGCCCGGGGCACCAGGCAUAAGCUACAAAGCAAUCUGCAGAUGGCUGCUUCUUUUGCUGGGCUUGAAGGUGCCCAGGCACAGCCAAGCUGUGAACCAAGGCUGGUUGCUGCUAGUGCCAGACCUGAGGCCACUCAGCAAGAGACCUUGUGUUCAGCUCUCCCCUUUGAUUUUUUGCUUGCAGGCCAGAAGCGAACUCCUAGAAGAGGGGAGCAGCAAGGAUGGAAUGAUAGCCGGGGGACAGAGGUGACGCUGGAUAGAGCAGAGCGGAGAUCCUACAGGGAAUAUCAACCCUAUGAGACCGAGAGGCAGGCGGACUUUACAUCUGAGAAGGUUACAGAAGAAAAACCGGUUGACAGAUUUGAUCGAGACAGACCCCUGAGAGGACGGGGUGGUCCCAGAGGGGCCCUGCGGGGCAGAGGCCGAAGUGGUCCCGGGAGCAGAGCUUUCGACCGUUUUGACCAGAGAGGGAAACGGGAAUUUGAGAGAUAUGUUGGGAAUGAUAAAAUAGCAAUGAGAACUGAAGACAACAUGGGUGGAUGUGGAGUUCGCACCUGGGGAUCCAGUAAAGACACCAGUGACGCGGAACCAACUGAGCCUUCGGAGGAGCCCCUUGUGGUGGAGGAGCCGCCGGACCCCCUGGAGGAGGGGUCUCCAGCCAAAGUUCCUGAGUUGGAGGUAGAAGAAACUCAAGUUCAAGAGAUGACGCUAGAUGAGUGGAAAACUCUUCAAGAGCAGACCAGACCAAAGCCUGAGUUUAACAUCCGGAAACCUGAGUCCACGGUCCCUUCCAAAGCAGUGGUGAUACACAAGUCCAAAUAUAGAGAUGAUAUGGUAAAGGACGACUGUGAGGAUGAUGCCCAUGUUUUCAGGAAGGCGGCCAAUGACAUCACGUCGCAGCUGGAGAUUAACUUUGGUAACCUCCCUCGUCCCGGGCGCGGAGCCAGAGGCAGCACUCGGGGAGGCCGGGGAAGGAUCAGAAGGGCAGAGAACUACGGACCCAGAGCAGAAGUGGUGACCCAAGACGUUGCUCCAAACCCCGAUGACCCUGAAGACUUCCCUGCUCUGGCGUGAGGGCCCGUUUCCCUGGCAGCCUGGAGCAGCACUGGCAUACCUGCGAAGAGACUUGUCUUGCUGUGGGGAAGAGACUCUAAGGACAAUAGAUGUUGCUUUUCCCCCUUUA